UUUCAACUUCUCGGCUGUUCCAUGCCGCUGAUGCCUCUCUGACACCUCACAACCUCUUCUCUUUCCUCCCCGGAAAGUGCGCGUGUCCAGCACUCUAAUGUGACCCACCACCAUGCAGCUUGCAGCCCAGAGGGCCUGACGACCCACUCAGCGUAGCUCUGCCCUUGACAUUUUGAACCAGGGCCUCCGUCCAGCGACGGAGCUGCUUUCCCUUUCGGCAUGCCGCUACAAGGUUGGGGUAAAUACCCUGCCAUGGAGACGCCCACUACUUGGUACGAUGAUGGAGCUACUGGCGGGCGUAUCAAGGAAUAUCGCGUGCUCAAGGUAUGUCCCAAUGCAGAGGCCGCUCUCACUCUGCUCAGGAGAGUCGGCAGCAUCGUCAAGCCCAUCAUGGCGAAGCACGGGUGGCACCUGCCUCAAUUGGUCGAGUUCCUGCCCCGAGACGAGCGUCUGCUGGGGCUGAACGUGAAUCAUGGCCAAAAGAUCUGUCUAAGACUUCGACGAAACAAAGAUUCCACAGAUCUCUUUGCCGAAGACAUGGUAGUGGAGACGAUGCUACACGAGCUCACACACAACGUCCGAGGACCUCAUGACGAGAUAUUCGACCAGCAACUCAAGGAGCUUACUGAAGAGUGGUACGAAUUGAGAAGGAAAGGUAGAGCUGAUGGGGAAGGAAUCUUGUCUGCCGGAAGAAGCGUGGGUGGCUCGCGCGCGCCUGGCAGUCGAGCUGAUGCGAGAGAGGCUGCAGCGAGAGCUGCCGAAAUGCGCGCUCAGAGAGGCACCGGCGGAAGGCUGGGCGGAUCCUGGACUAGCAACGUUAUCGUGACCGCAGAAGACCGUAGGCGUGUUGCAGCGGAGGCUGCGGAUGCGCGUGCUCGCCAAGCGACACGUCACCGUCAAGAAAACCUCAAGCGCGGAGGUGGAUGUCCGUCCAGCCAAGGAGAACUCGAAGCAGCAUCCGCAGAACAACAGGCCCAAGAAGCCAAAGAGACGUUGAAAGGCGUCGAAGUCGUCACUCUGCUAGAGGAUGCGCACGAAAAGUCUUCAGCUCCAAGCUCGGGACUCUCGAGCAAUGCUGCUUCGGAAUCGCAGGGGAAUCCCGAACGGAAAUUCAAGACUCCGCAAUAUGUAGAACUUUCCGACGACGAGGAGCCACUAAGACCGCUUAGCACAAAUGGCGAAGCGUCCUCGCCAUCUUUGAUCGCGUCGAAGCGCGCUCCAAGCGGACAACCGAAUUCGGGCGCGUUUGUCUUGGACAGGGGGCCACCGCAAUCCUCACAGGAACGCUGGUCAUGUCAAGUCUGCACGCUUCUCAACCAUCCGGUAUCCAAGUCAUGCGACGCAUGUCAGGCUGCUAGACCGGGCGCUGUGCAACUUCGCAAACCGCUCCAACAGUCGAACGCGGAUUGGAACUGCGCGCGAUGCGGAUACCUCAUGGCUGGGGACAAGGCUGACUUUUGGGUCUGCGAAAUCUGUCAUGGUAUGAGGCCAAGCUGAGAAGGCUGCCUCAGUCCCUCUUGCCAUUCCCCGAUGCAGAGCUUGCUGAAUCCCUGCAAUUUAUUGCACAUGCUUACGACACGAUCCGAGCUCAGUACCGUUGCGCGCCAUAUUGUACAAAUACAUUUCGAUUGUGCUUCUGAUUGACAUAGG